AUGACCGCACCCGUCGUCCCCAUUCUCUACCACUCUAUCAACAACGACGACUACCACAUCAUGUUCGCCUCCACAUAUCCAACUCGUUCCCCACCACCGGUGCGACCCUCACGGUCGCUCGAAGGACUCGAGCAGGUGAUCCCGCCAACCUUACCCGCUACCACCUACAACGCCACAUCAACAUCAACCACCAACAUCAUCAACACCACCACAACGACACACAACUUCGUCACGAGCUUUCCCUCCAAUCACACAGACUUCUUCCCGCCAACACAUUAUGGAUCCCACCGCUACGACAUUGCCCUCAAUAAACCCUUACCCGCACGACCGAUCCUAUUUGACGAACCUGAAAUCUCCGUCAUGUGGAGUGACUCGAGUGACAGCGAGAGCGACGACGACGACCACGAGAGCCUCUCCGGGAGUCUGCGCGAUCGGCCCAGGGACCCCCGCCAUGCCUCCGAGUGCUAUCCCAUCUUCGUGAGUACGAGUUCCGACGACUGUGACGACACGGUUGAUCGUCACGCCCCCGCAAACUCCAAUCCAGGCCCGGACUACAUUAGCCUGGGUCUGAUCCACUCCCCUUCUCCGCCAACCACCGUGGAGGAGAUGCGAUCCCGCACGGACUCCAUUCUGUCUCUAAGCCACCGAGCGAGAUUGGCUGGUGAGAAUAGUGAAGAAGAAAAUGAAGAAGAGGAAGAGGAAGAGAACGACGACGACGACGAUGAAGUGCAAGGAGUUGUUGAGGACGAGGAUGAGGAUGACAAUGAGGAAGGAUUGGGGAGGAUCUCGGGGGCUGUUCCUGUGGGACGAUCGCUGAUUUCCAAAUCCGAUGUUCCCUAUGGACGCUACUCUCAAUGGUCGCAGACGCAGACCCGGGGUGGCACCAAUCACUACUUCCGGGAGAAGAAGUGGGAUUUCUUCCCCGAAUUGGCCCCCUCGGCCGCUCAAUCAGGGAGCCGCGUGAGCACGACUGGCCCCCGGGCGACCAAAUCGCGGAGAAAAGACGGUCGCUUGAAUGUAUCGAAGCGCCGCAAGUGGCAGUCGCUGGAUCGAGCCGGGCUGGGGUUGGCCUUUGGCAUGCGCGAUUCCAUUAAGACGUAUGUGCAUCGCACGCUCUCGCGGGACUCUUCUGAAAACAAGACGAGGGAGGUGUUGCCUCGUCCAUCUACUGCACCGGUGGAGCAGCUCGAGGCCGAGGUGUACCCGAAGCCGUCCGAGAACGUCCAGUACCGACCUAAAAAUGACAUUGCUGUUCAACUGCAAGCAUUGUCCAUCACCACCUCCUCCAGUAGCAACGACCUUCCUCCCAGCCCCAAAAGCCCGCGCUCGUUCCCACCGCGGCCCAAACAACUCGCCGUGCCCAUGACGGAUUACCAACGAUACGGGCCUGCGAUCUGGGACACUCCCAAGAAGUCCAAAUCAAAGACCUCCUGCUCCAAUCCAUCCUCCCCGAUCACGGACCAAUUCCCGGCUCCAAGCACCUUGACCCCGCCGCAUUCCCCGGGGUUGAAGCUUUUCUCGCAGAGCGUUCCUCGUGAUGGGUUUGGCGCCCAUCAUGGAAGAAGUGGUGUGGCCUUGACGCUGGAAGGAGCCAAGAAGAAGAUUUCCAAGGAUGAACGGCGCCGGGAGCAGCUGAAGGCUCAAAUCAAGUUGAUUGGGCCUGUGGAUCCACACUCCUAUAUGCAAUCUGAGUCUGCUUGGGUUUGA